CCCCAGCUUCAAAAAUAUUACUUUCUCUUUACGUCGACGCGGAGCAGUAUUGUUGUGUGUGAAGACCUACAAUGAUUUUUGGUGAAAAUGGAGCUUAGCUGUCUAUUAUUGUUCUGGUGUUUACUCAACCGUGGUGCGUCUGGUGUUGAUACAGAUGGAGUGCCAGUGAUUGAGGGAGAUUCAGUCACUCUAAACACUGGUGUUCAAACAAGCCAACAAGAGAAGAUUAAAUGGUAUUAUAAUGUCAUUCGCAUCGCUCAAAUCAAUAGAGAUCAGAGUAAGAUCUGUACAGAUGUUCAGUGUAAUAAAGGUAACGAGAGAUUCAGAGACAGACUGAAGCUGGAUCAUCAGACUGGAUCUCUGACCAUCAUGAACAUCACAGACAAAGAUGCUGGAGAAUAUACACUGAAGAUCAUCAACCACAGCGACAGAGAAAAGAUAUUCAAUGUUUCAGUUCAAGGUGUUUCUGCUGCUGAACGAGAAGAAGUGAAGAGAAAGGAGGGAGAAUCUGUCACGUUAUAUACUGGUGUACUAACAAAACCAAUUCAUUUUACGACAUGGUAUUUUAACGACAUUCUCAUCGCUGAAAUCACUGGAGAUCAGAGUAAGAUCUGUAAAGAUGUUCAGUGUGAAGAGAGAUUCAGAGACAGACUGAAACUGGAUCAUCAGACUGGAUCUCUGACCAUCACACACACCAGAACUGAAGACUCUGGAGAAUAUAAACUACAGGUCGGCAGUGACAGCAGUCGUCAUCGACGCAGCAUCAUUAAGAGAUUCAGUGUUUCUGUCACCGAUUCAGGUUCAUCUUCAGCUGUUAUAGCAGGAAUGAGUGCUGUUGUUGUUCUGCUGUUUGUGACUGUAGCAGUCGCUGUGAUUUACUGUCGCCCCAGGAGAUCUGCACAAAUAGGAAAAUAUGGCAAGUAUAACAUAAAUCUGAUUAUACAAAAUGCAAAUAUGAGAUUUAUUGUGCAAAAAUAAUCUUUACAAAUAUGUUGAAGUACUUAUUUGUUUUCUAAUUGACCAAAGUAA